AUUUUCGUUAUUGUCGCUGGAUACAUGCAGCUCUUUCUGGUGAAUGGUGCGCGGUGAGCGGUACAAACGAAAUUAACUUAUUUUAUUGCUACCGACGCACUGCCUUGUUCCAGAGAUCAAUCUAUCAGGGGUGUCUGACUGCAGUUCAGGAGAUGACACAUGAAUGAGGAGGAAGAUGAGGGUCCGAUGCGAGAAGAGGGCAACAGUGGGAGAGGCAGAUGAAGAAGAGAAGUGGUGAUGAGUGAGGAAGGAGAAACGGUUUGCCAGUCUUCUAAGUGAGGUGAGCAGUUUAAAAAUGUCUGACAGCGAGGACAGCGAUUUCUCCGACAACCAAAGUGGCAGCGAAGCAGAGGAGGUAGAGGAGAAUGAGGAGGAAGGAGCAGCAAGUGUAGCUGGCAGUGAUAAGGGAGAAGGGGAAGACCUUGAGGAUGAAGAGGAGUAUGACGAAGAAGAGGAGGAAGAAGAUGAUGAACGUCCCAGAAAGAAACCACGUCACGGUGGCUUCAUUUUGGAUGAAGCUGAUGUGGAUGAUGAGUAUGAAGACGAGGAAGAGGACCCCUGGGAGGAAGGAGCAGAGGACAUUUUGGAGAAGGUUAACGAAGAGGCAGAGGCUUCUAACCUAGACCAUGUGGUGCUGGACGAGGAUCACUCUGGAUCUCGCAGGCUUCAGAACCUUUGGAGAGACUCAAGAGAAGAGGCCUUGGGAGAGUACUACAUGAGAAAAUAUGCCAAGUCCUCAGGAGGAGAACAUUUCUAUGGAGGAUCAGAGGAACUGUCUGAUGACAUCACCCAACAGCAACUUCUUCCGGGUGUCAAAGAUCCUAAUUUAUGGACUGUCAAGUGUAAGAUUGGAGAGGAGAGGGCCACUGCCAUUGCUUUGAUGAGGAAGUUCAUCGCCUAUCAGUUUACGGACACGCCCCUUCAAAUCAAGUCAGUGGUUUCUCCUGAGCAUGUGAAAGGCUACAUCUAUGUGGAGUCAUACAAGCAGACCCAUGUGAAGUCUGCCAUAGAGGGAGUGGGCAACCUGCGCAUGGGCUUUUGGAACCAGCAGAUGGUUCCCAUCAAAGAGAUGACUGAUGUGCUGAAGGUGGUGAAAGAGGUGACUAAUCUCAAGCCCAAAUCCUGGGUCCGCCUGAAGAGGGGCCUCUACAAAGAUGACAUCGCUCAGGUUGACUAUGUUGAACCAAGUCAGAACACAAUCUCACUGAAGCUGAUCCCGCGUCUAGAUCUGGACCGCAUUAAAGCUCGCAUGAGCAUGAAAGAUUGGUUUGCCAAAAGGAAGAAGUCUAAGAGGCCUACUCAGAAGCUGUUUGAUGCUGAAAAGAUUAGGUCUCUCGGAGGGGAAGUGACUCAUGAUGUGGAGUUCAUGAUUUUUGAAAGCAACCGCUACAGCCGUAAGGGCUUCCUCUUCAAAACUUUUGCCAUGUCUGCUGUGAUCACAGAAGGUGUGAAACCAACUCUAUCAGAACUGGAAAAGUUUGAGGACCAGCCAGAGGGCAUUGAUCUGGAGGUGGUCACAGAAACCGCAGGUAAGGAGCGAGAGCAUAACCUCCAGGCCGGGGACAAUGUGGAAGUGUGUGAGGGGGAGCUGAUCAACCUCCAGGGAAAAAUCCUCAGUGUGGAUGGCAACAAGAUCACAAUCAUGCCCAAACAUGAGGACCUCAAGGACCCACUGGAGUUCCCUGCACAUGAGUUAAGGAAAUACUUCCGCAUGGGAGAUCACGUAAAGGUGAUUGCGGGGCGCUACGAAGGUGACACAGGACUCAUUGUGCGAGUCGAGGAGAAUUUUGUCAUCCUCUUCUCGGACCUCACCAUGCACGAGUUGAAGGUUUUGCCGCGAGAUCUCCAGCUAUGUUCGGAAACGGCCUCUGGGGUGGAUGCGGGGGGCCAGCAUGAAUGGGGUGAGCUGGUGCAGCUGGAGCCUCAGACCGUGGGGGUGAUCGUCAGGCUGGAGCGAGAGACCUUCCAGGUGCUGAACAUGCAUGGUAAGGUGCAGACAGUGCGCCAUCAGGCUGUGAACCGGCGCAAGGACAACCGCUUUGCUGUAGCCCUGGACUCUGAACAGAACAACAUCCAUGUGAAGGACAUUGUGAAAGUCAUAGAUGGGCCUCAUUCGGGGCGCGAGGGAGAGAUCCGUCACCUUUUUCGAGGCUUUGCCUUCCUUCAUUGUAAGAAGCUUGUAGAGAAUGGUGGCAUGUUUGUUUGCAAGACGCGUCACGUGGUCCUUGCUGGUGGUUCCAAGCCCAGGGAUGUGACUAAUUUCACGGUGGGUGGUUUUGCACCCAUGAGUCCUCGCAUCAGCAGCCCCAUGCACCCUGGUGGUGGAGCAGGCGGGCGUGGAGGUGCAGCUGGAGGUGCAGGUGCAGGUGGAGAUGGAGGUGGUGGAAGAGGAGGAGGAGGAGGAGGAGGAGGAGGUGGUGGUGGAGGAAUGGGGCGCGGUCGAGGAAGACGUGAUAAUGAUCUAAUUGGUCAAACUGUCAGGAUUUCUCAGGGACCCUAUAAAGGUUACAUUGGGGUUGUGAAGGAUGCAACAGAGUCGACAGCUCGUGUUGAGCUGCAUUCCACCUGCCAGACCAUCUCUGUUGAUCGCCAGCGUCUUACCACUGUUGGUGCCAAGAGGCAUGGCGGCGCGACAUCAACCCAUGGCCGUACCCCUAUGUAUGGCUCCCAGACCCCCAUGUAUGGCACUGGCUCUCGCACGCCCAUGUACGGCAGCCAGACGCCGCUGCACGGUGACGGCAGCAGAACGCCCCAUUACGGCUCUCAGACGCCAAUACAUGACGGGAGUAGAACACCGGGCCAGAGUGGAGCAUGGGACCCCAACAACCCCAACACACCAUCACGCGGUGCGGAUGAGGACUAUGAGUUUGGCUAUGAUGACGAGCCAUCACCAUCCCCUCAAGGCUAUGGAAGCACCCCCAAUCCUCAAACGCCAGGCUACCCAGAAGUGCCCUCACCACAGGUUAACCCCCAGUACAACCCCCAGACGCCAGGAACACCCGCAAUGUACAACACAGACCAGUAUUCGCCAUAUGCUGCACCGUCCCCUCAGGGCUCCUACCAGCCCAGCCCAAGUCCUCAGAGUUACCACCAGGUGGCCCCCAGCCCUGUGGGGUACCAGAACACUCAUUCACCAGCCAGCUACCACCCCACCCCCUCUCCUAUGGCCUAUCAGGCCAGUCCAAGCCCCAGUCCUGUAGGCUAUAGCCCUAUGACCCCUGGGGCUCCUUCACCGGGAGGCUACAACCCCCAUACUCCUGGCUCCAAUAUUGACCAGACCUCCUGUGACUGGGUCACCACAGACAUCCUGGUCCGGGUCAAGGACACAUUCCUAGACGCAGCUGUGGUCAGUCAGACUGGCGUUAUCCGAAGUGUCACGGGAGGCAUGUGCUCCGUGUUCUUGCAAGACACUGAGAAAGUGGUCAGCAUCUCCAGUGAACACCUGGAACCCAUCACUCCCACCAAGAACAACAAGGUGAAAGUGAUUUUGGGAGAGGAUCGAGAGGCCAGUGGCGUCCUGCUCAGCAUUGAUGGCGAGGAUGGCAUUGUCCGAAUGGAGCUGGACGAACAGCUCAAGAUUCUCAACCUUCGCUUUCUCGGCAAGCUGGAAGUUUGAUCCAGUAACCAUGGAUAAGAGCUCUAUCCUUACCGUACACUAGCUGCAGAAGUGUGUCAAAUAAGCAGAAUCAAUUGUUGUGCUUCUUUAUACAACAUUUGUACUUUUUAUAGUACAAAUUGUUCACAGUGUGAGAUGAGUUGAUUUUUCCCUUUUAAGUUGAAGCUGACAUUAGUCCUUCCUGCUCAUCCUGUCCGUGCAGUUUUCUCUCUUUAUAGAUGCCACUUUGGGCAUCUUCAUUUUAUGUCAAUAAAACGUCUACUUCUGCUUGU